UCCCCUCUCUCACAUAUGCCCAUCGCACGCACGAGAAAGCCAAGGAAAAAACCUCAUCUUCCACACUCCCACGCCGGCCGACCAGUCCGUCGCCGUCAGCAUUCUUUCCCUUACGCUCGUUGUCUUCCACCACACAGCACCACCAGCCACCGCUUACCUCAGUCGACGCUGUCGCCGCUGUUUCGCCAUCCGUAACCGCCGGGAGCUGCCGCCCAGACGUUUGCGCUGUCGUCCGCCGCGGCGCCGCCGCCGCUGUGUAGUGAUCGUGAAAAGAAGGCAGUGGAUUUUGGGGCUUACUUGUCCAGCGUUAGUGCCUUGAAUCUUGAUUUCGAAGGAUUUUUGGCACGAAGGCCGGCACGUAUCAAGGACUACCAGCGAGUUUACGGUUUAGGUUGUAAUUUCAAUAUCCGGGAGAUUCCAUGGAUUCUACUGAAGCUGCUAACGUUCAGGAGAAGUUAGUAUCCAUGCUUGACCAGCUCUAUUUAGAAAGUGGCAUUCUACAAAAAAUGAUUUAUAAGAACAAGAACCAGCACCGUCGCAGUUCCUAUUUUCGAUAUCUUUUGCAGGUAAGGAGAGAUUUAAGACUUUUACAGGCUGCCAAGUUGGAGGAGUUGGUAAGUUCCUGCUUUCAAGUUAUCGAUGGAAAGAAACCUAAGCAAAAGAUUCAUUUUUUAGAAAGUUUGAAACGGAGGAAAUCUGAAGUUGGGAAAUAUAAUUUCAUGGAACGGCUUCUGGGGGCUGCACGCCUCCUGUCACAGAUGGUGGAGCCAAUUUUUAAGGCAGCAACUGAGAUAUCUAUCUUGCUUGCUCGAACAUUUUUCACAGGGUUUUGCUUUGUAAUUUUGGCAUUACUGGCACGUAUUCGGGUAUUAGUUCAACAAAUAUUGCUCGAUGUUGUUUCAGUAUUCAACACAGUUUCGUCUAUCUCCAAAAAGAAGCAAGUAGUUACAAUAAACCAGGAAGGAAUUCAGGUCUUUAGAGAGUUUUACCCAACAAAUGAUGAAUUUGUCCUCUUAGAGUGUGUUUGGGAAAAAGACAAAUUUAUUUUGCAAGAGAAAGAACAAGAAGUUGCAACUAAGAAUCAGGAAGAACAUGUCGGGCCAAAUGUUUCUUUGGCUGCAUCAGCUGUGCGGUAUCAGAAACUUAAAUCUUUUCUUGAAGAUGAUGAAUCUGAGCAGGCAGAUGCAGAUCAAAGUAAUGAGAAAGGUCUUGAUCUAAUGAAAAUGAGUAAGCACGAUUUGCUGGGAAGCCCUCGUGGAAGAGUUAAUGAUAUUCCUGUCGAAGAUGGUUCGAUCGGUCCCGUGGAGACCUCGAGCAAGACAUUCUUGCCCCAAGAAGAUAGUUCUCUUGUAAAUUCAAGCCCUUCCAUGGUUGGUACAAAAAAACUGAACUGGAAGAGGCCAGCAUUUGUUUCAGUAAAACAUCCCAAACCGAUUAUAUCUAGUGCAGUUGGGUUUCAAUUCAAUGAAACUAAAGCUGAUAUUGUAGAAAAGGAGGAUCCAUUUUUCACUCUGCUUACUGGUGGGAAAGCCAAAAGCAGUCUAUUUUAAUCAGUAGAACGAAUUUUUGCAAGCAGUUAUAUUCUUUAAAAAUGCACUAUGCCAUUGUUUAUGAAAAAGCAUUCAAUAGUGUUUAUUAAUAAAUUUUUUAGAGCAAUGCUGUAAAA